AAGUGCAUUACUAAUAGCAAUAAGAGAAUUCUACCUUUGUGAUAAAUGCAUAAUGAUCUACUACUACGCUUUCGUUGAAAAUAACGUGCCAAUCCAGCUGAAGUAAAAGUUUUUAAGUUUUUUUUCCAUAUCAUUUGGGCGAAACUACAUUGAUGCGAGCUGUGCUUCAAAUCCUAUUCUCUAUGACCUUGUGCCGGAGUAUUAGGAUAGUUUAAAUUGAACAGCAGUUCGUCUGACUAACGUAAAGACAAUACAGGCAAGAUGAUGUGUGAAGUGAUGCCCACAAUCACUGAAGGGGACUCGAUGAGCUCACAGAGGGGUUCUCAGAAUGGCUCGGAUUCGGAGUCCAAUUUCGAGCAGCUGAUGGUUAAUAUGCUGGACGAGAGAGACAAGCUUCUGGAAUCUUUACGGGAGACCCAGGAAACACUGAUCCAGACACAGGCGAAGCUGCAGGAGGCGGUGCACGAGAGAGACCUCCUUCAGAGGCAGAUCAAUUCAGCACUGCCACAGGAGUUCGCAACACUAACAAAGGAGCUUAAUGGUUGCAGAGAGCAGCUUCUGGAAAAAGAAGAGGAGAUCUCUGAGCUGAAAGCAGAGAGAAACAACACUAGGCUUCUUCUCGAGCAUUUGGAGUGUCUGGUGUCGCGACACGAGCGGUCUCUCAGGAUGACGGUGGUCAAGAGACAAGCCCCACCACCCUCAGGCGUCUCCAGUGAGGUGGAGGUCCUCAAAGCCCUCAAGUCCCUCUUUGAGCAUCACAAGGCUCUAGAUGAGAAGGUACGUGAGAGAUUGAGGGUGGCGCUGGAGAGAGUGACGACAUUGGAGGGGCAGCUUGCAUCAGCCAAUCAAGAGCUCCUCGCAGUCAGGCAAAGGAAAGACAAGACUGAGGGAGACUCUGUGGAUGGCAUGGACGCUGUUUCCAAACCAGCAUGGAAGAGGCUGCCCAAUGGCUCCAUUGAUGCCCAUGAUGAGGUGAGCCGCACUCUGGAGCUGCAGGAGCUUCUGGACAAAGCCAACCUGGAGCUGGCGCAGAGCAAGGAGCGAGUGAGUGCCCUGAGCACCCGGGUGGCAGAGCUGGAGACAGACCUUACCACGGCCCGCAAGGACCUCCUGAAGAGCGAAGAGCUCAGCAGCAAGUACCAGCGAGACAUCAGGGAGGCUAUGGCACAGAAGGAAGAUAUGGAAGAGAGAAUUACAACUUUGGAAAAACGUUACCUGGCUGCCCAGAGGGAGACGACAUCGAUCCAUGACCUUAAUGACAAGCUGGAGAAUGAACUGGCCACCAAGGAGUCUCUAUACCGCCAGAGCGAAGAAAAGACCAGACACCUACAGGAACUGCUGGAGCUGGCAGAGCAGAAGCUGCAGCAGACCAUGCGCAAGGCUGAGACCCUGCCUGAGGUGGAGGCGGAGCUGGCUCAAAGAGUGGCCGCGCUGACCAAGGCGGAAGAGCGACACGGCAAUAUUGAAGAGCGCUUGAGGCAGCUGGAGUCCCAGCUGGAGGAGAAGAACCAGGAGCUUGCCAGAGCCAGGCAGAGAGAAAAAAUGAACGAAGAACACAACAAACGUCUUUCAGACACCGUUGACCGCCUCCUGACAGAAUCCAACGAACGGCUGCAGCUCCACCUCAAAGAACGAAUGGCUGCUCUCGAGGACAAGAACACUCUUAUUCAAGAUUUGGAAAAUACCCAAAAGCAACUCGAAGAGUAUCAUCACACAAAGGAACGCCUAGUAAAUGAAAUGGAAAAAUUAAGGGCUGAAGUUGAACAUCUGAAAAGGAGAAGUGGCGCUUUUGGAGAUGGCACACAUCCACGGUCUCAGGUGGGUAGUGCCACAGACCUGCGCUUCUCCAUUGGCUCGGUGGUGGAUGCCCAGGCUGAGCACUUUGGCACCACAGCAGUAAUUCGUAGAGCGCAGAAGGGCCGACUGGCAGCACUGAGAGACGAGCCCACAAAGAUUCUCCCUGUGAUUGACCAGGACUGGGAACGGUCCCAGCCUCCCAGUGUCCGAGCCAGCGUUGCCCACCUGGUAGAGAGCGACCCCGAGCUCUCUGACAUUGAUGAUGAUGACCACGAGACAAUCUUCAGCUCAGCUGACCUGCUUUCACCAAGUGGGCACUCAGACGCCCAGACAUUGGCAUUGAUGUUGCAGGAGCAGUUGGAUGCCAUCAAUGAAGAGAUCAGGAUGAUCCAGGAGGAGAAAGAGUCCGCCGAACUGCGAGCGGAGGAGAUUGAGAGCAGGGUGACCAGCAGCAGCAUGGACGGGCUCAACAUGCCCCCCCUGCGCCCACGGUCCUCCAUUCCCACCUCCGUCACUGCUCUGUCCCUUGCCAGCUCCUCGCCCCCUGUCAGCGGGCGAUCCACCCCCAAACUGUCCUCCCGCACUGCUGCCCAUGAGCUGGGCAUCAUGACACUGCCUAGCGAUUUACGGAAACAUCGCAGAAAAGUGCUCUCUCCAGUUUCGAGGGAUGAGUCCCGGGAAGACAAGACCACCAUCAAGUGUGAGACUUCACCACCCUCCUCUCCACGCAGUCUGAGGCUGGAGCACAUCGGACACGCCCUGCUGUCUGGCAGUGUGGAGGAUGGCAGAGGGCCGGAGGAGCAGACGAGCAGCAGUAACAGCAGCCAGGACUCUCUGCACAGGGGAAAUAAGAAGAAAGGAAUCAAGUCCUCCAUCGGGCGCCUCUUCGGCAAGAAGGAAAAGGGCCGGUUCAUGCAGAUGGGCAAAGAGGCAACUGCAAUGCAUGAUUUUGAAAUGGGCAUCCACGAUACUCUGGGGCUGGGUAAACUGGGAACUCAGGCAGAGCGGGAUCGCAGGAUGAAGAAGAAAAAGAGACACGAGCUGCUAGAAGAAGCGAGGAGGAAGGGCCUUCCAUUCGCCCAGUGGGAUGGCCCCACAGUUGUUUCCUGGCUUGAGUUGUGGGUGGGCAUGCCAGCUUGGUAUGUAGCUGCCUGCCGUGCCAACGUGAAGAGUGGUGCCAUCAUGUCCGCCCUGUCUGACACGGAGAUCCAGAGGGAGAUUGGCAUCAGCAACCCCCUGCAUCGCCUGAAGCUGCGCCUUGCGAUUCAGGAGAUGGUUUCUCUCACCAGCCCCUCUGCUCCGCUGACCUCUCGCACUUCAUCCGGGAAUGUGUGGGUGACGCACGAGGAGAUGGAGAACAUGGCGGCCUCCACCAAAGCGGAGAGUGAAGGGGGAAGCUGGGCUCAGACGCUGGCAUACGGGGACAUGAACCAUGAGUGGAUUGGGAACGAGUGGCUCCCGAGCCUGGGUCUGCCGCAGUACCGCAGCUACUUCAUGGAGUGCUUGGUCGAUGCCCGGAUGCUGGAUCACCUGACCAAGAAAGACCUACGCACACACCUCAAGAUGGUGGACAGCUUUCAUCGGGCAAGUUUACAGUAUGGGAUCAUGUGCUUGAAGCGUCUGAAUUAUGACAGAAAAGAGCUGGAGAGACGAAGAGAAGAGUGCCAACAUGAAAUUAAAGAUCCAACAGUGGCUGUCUUUGAUACCUUGGUGUGGACUAAUGACCAGGUGAUUCACUGGGUGCAGUCUGUAGGACUCAAGGAAUACAGCAACAACCUGCUGGAGAGUGGGGUUCAUGGCGCUCUGAUUGCACUGGAUGAGAACUUUGACUACAGUAGCCUGGCACUUAUCUUACAGAUCCCAAUGCAGAACACACAGGCUAGACAGGUUCUAGAGCGAGAAUUCAACAAUUUGCUUGCGCUGGGUACAGAUCGGAAACUGGAUGAGGGAGAUGACAAGUCAUUCCGGAGGACGCCCUCAUGGAGGAAAAGAUUCCGCCCGCGUGACGGCCAUGGUCUCAGCAUGAUGCCCGGCUCCAUGGAAACACUGCCCGCCGGCUUCCGCGUCACCGCCAUGUCUGUUCCCUCCGCUGUGGCGGUGAUGCCCAAGAAAAUACCCCAUGAAGCUGGAUCCUCAGGGUCACAGAGAAUAGACACCUCCACUGUUCGGACUUAUUCUUGUUAAUACAAAAGGGACUAACAAUUGCGGGCAGUCAAGUGCACUCUCAUUACCUAUAUGGACAUAUGCUCGCGGCCUUUCGGGAGUGAACUUCUACAUUUAAACAGGAUGUCUUGGAUGACUGUGGGAAGUGAUACUGCCUGACUACAACAGGAUUUCCUCACGUGCUGUGCAAUAGGGACGAUGAGGCUCCUAGACUCUGAAGUCUGAAUGCACAGAAGAAGUGCGUGUACUGUACAUGACAAAAAGGCAACGUCAGUUUUUACAAUAGUGUUCCAGUAUUUCAAAUUAACUUGUAGCUGUGAUGUUGUUCUGAUGCUCCCUGUUUUAAACUGGUCUAUCAUGCCUUGUAUUCUGGUGGUCAUAGUAUAUUUCCUAGUUGUAUCUAUAGUAUAUAUAAGACUUCUCCUUCGGUUAUGCAAGGUGAUUAUUUUUUCUCUUUUCUGUAUAUAAACUGAAUGACUGGAAAAUGUUUUAUAGAAAUCUAUAUGGAAUUUAAAUGAUAUCCUUACUGUUCAAAACUGAACCUUUGUCCUACCAGUGACUGCUAUUGUUUGUUUGACAUCUAUUCCCCUGGUUAGUACUUCAUUGGUGUGCAGUUUUAAACUAUGAAGUCUUCUUUUACCAGUGGAAAUAGUGCGUGGGUUACAUUGCAAUGGUAUCUGUCAGUAAGAAUAGGUCAUUUCUUGAACCCUAAAAAAUGUUACUUGACAAUUCUCUGCAGUUAAACAAGCUCAGUCAUGUUUUGUCCCUUUUAGUAUAAUAACAGUAAUAUUGAAAAUGUUAAUGGUCUGGGUUGCUAACAAUUUAAGAAUUUAUCAUGGUUGGGUAGAAAUAGAUCUCUGAUGUAAUAACUGCAAUACUAAUGCAUAUGAACGUCAAAGGCACCCACUAGUCUUGCUUUGGGUGAGACCCAGGUAUUAAUAGAAUCAAUGGAUUUCUGAUCAAGGGCUUCAUAUACAGUAUCUGAAGGAUUUAUCUGAUGCUAGGAUUUACCAAACAAAUGUGGACAUGAAGCAGGAGUGAAGCCCGUCCAAUAAGAGGCCUGAUUGUACAGUAUAUCAUGCCUCCAGUUCCCCUUAUAUUGGAAAUAUACAGAUUUACUUCAGAUUAAAUAUAAAUAAACUGGCAGCUAUAAGACGUUUAGUCUAGUGUAAAGAGCCGAGAAAUUGACUAUAAACUGCAGUCAGAAAACAGUUGCAAACACAGGACUUUUUAAAAAUUAACUACUUCAUUUUGAGGUUAUGCUCAUACUGUACUUGAAUCCAUAUAGGUGUCAGUCCAUUUAAACAACUAAUAAAAAUACCUUCAAAAAUA